GAGACCGCCCAGUGCUGACUGGUGAAUGUUGAUAGGAGAACUUCAGGAACGCUUCGGUUUGAUCCAUUCCUCUACUCAAAGGAAUCCCGAGCAUCUCUCACCUCUCUGUUUAAAGAAAGUAACAUUGACGCCAUACGUUUUUUUUCUUAAAUGUUACGUCUUCCUGCUCGGCUUCAUCGAGACGACUGAGCUUGCGCACAUCUCUCGUUUAAUUCGACACAUUGUGAGAACAUGCUGCCGCCUGACUGACGUGCGACAUGGAUCCCGAGGAGGUCGAGCUCCAGAACGACUACCGCUACCGCAAUUAUGCGGCGGUCAUCGAGAAGGCGCUGCGAAACUUUGAAUCGUCGAGCGAAUGGGCAGAUCUCAUCUCCUCCUUGGGGAAGCUUAACAAGGCCCUCCAGAGUAACCUCAGGUACUCCCUACUGCCCAAGAGGCUCAUCAUCGGCAAGCGUCUGGCCCAGUGCCUGCACCCGGCCUUGCCCAGUGGGGUGCACCUCAAGGCUCUGGAGACCUACGAGGUCAUCUUCAAAAUCAUAGGGACAAAAUGGCUGGCAAAGGAUUUGUUCAUUUACAGCUCGGGCUUGUUCCCGCUGUUAGGCCAUGCCGCCAUUGCAGUAAAGCCUGUUCUUCUCACUCUGUAUGAACGUUACUAUUUACCACUCCAGAGGGCUUUACUGCCCAGUCUUCAGGCCUUCAUAACAGGACUACUGCCAGGCCUGGAGGAGGGUUUGGAUGUCAACGACAGGACCGAUGCCUUGCUGCUUAAGUUGUCUCUGCUGGUAGGUCAGCAGGUGUUCUAUGGAGCCCUGUGGGGUUCUAUACUCAUCAGUCCCACGGUGCGACUGCCCGCCACCGUCUUUGUAGUCUCACACUUUGACCGCACCUUGCCGCUCCAACAGCAGAAACACAUGCUCGGCUAUGACCAUCGCCUGGCGGUGAAGUCUGUGUGUCUUUCCCUGCAAGACUCAAAUGUGCUGGUGCAGAGGAACAUGCUGGAAAUCUUGCUGUUCUUUUUCCCUUUGGCCACAUCCCUGGACCCAGCGGAGACCAGCAUCGUAUUGAGCAUUGAUGACGUGACCGCAAUGGUUUCUGCUGCUUCACUUACAUUACUCCGCAGAGACAUGUCCCUCAAUAGGCGUCUCUAUGCAUGGCUCCUCGGCACAGACAUCAAAGGAGAAAUGGUUGCACCGCAUCCAACUAUGUCUUCUUCAGCAGAGGAACAUAUGUCGUUUUACUUUAACACGUACUCAAAGGAUCUUAUUGUGCAGGGUUUGAUUAACAUCCUCAAACAGAAAGAUGUUGAAAGCAAACCGGAGAGCGUGAUCGGCUACCUCAGGCCUUUUCGUAUUAUCAUCAGCUUGCUGGAUAAACCGGAAUUGGGACCGGUAGUCUUGAGCAGUGUACUGUUGGAGGUGGUCCGAGCCUUUUACACCUACUGUCGAGAGAUGCUGGAUGAAGAUACCAUCACCAGUUCAAGGCUCUCAGGCAACCAGUUGGCCAGCAUGAUAAAAGAAAACAAGAACGGCGCAGAGAUCAUAAAGACGAUGAAUAUGCUCGUGAGCUCCAUGGACAGCGAGUACCUGUGGGAUUACAUGACUCAAUGCUUCUGCACGUCUCUCAGUGACAACGAUGCACCUAUGCCUUAUCAAGACACCAGAUGUCCUGCUCCCUCUGUCACAGAAAUGUCCAAUCUUAUUAUUUUUUUGCUUGAUGUUCUUCCUCUGGAACUCCACGCUGACAUCCAGUCCCACUUCCUUCCCGAGAUGCUCGGCACAAUGCUGCGGACCCUGCGGGGCCGCAUGGACUCUGUUUGCUUGGAGGAUGUCACGCAGGCCCUGCGGGCAUGCUUUAAGGUGCUGAGUAAGAUCCAGAUGCCCGUGGCGUUCAUGGACACAGAGGAGACAGUCGUACAGGCCCAAGAGGAGGAUAAAACAAUUACUCAGGAUGAAGAAAAGGGAGGUGAGAGAGACGACUGUGUCGGUGAAAGUUACGGUCACCAUGGAGACGAUGAGCCGAACAGAGAUGCAGAUGAGGCAGAGCCUGCAGAUGGACCCUACCAGACACUCCGAUCAGAGGACAGCGGGCUGGGGGUCAGCGCCUCGCCGUCGGAGCAGCAUCUCCUACCCGAUGUGGGCUCCAGGGCGAAUGGAACGUGCAAAAACGGUCCCGGAGUGUGGAGAAGGGGCGGAAGCGUCGACACCGCAGCACAAUGCAUGCAGGACAUCCUGGCUUUCAUAGCAACAAGACACCUGCUGGUACAGGUGGAGGAUGUUGAAGCACAGGAAGAAAAGCCCAAGGCUGACGUUACAUCUGGCAAUGUUGAUCAUAAGACUUUAUUAGGAAGCAAAGUAGGAUUGGAAAUUAAAGACAAACUGACAGAAUUCUUCACUCCAAACAAUUUAAAACGUCAGUCCACAUCUGAGGCUCAAGAAGCAGAGACAAAAAAAGAGCACAGCAGUUUUCUGGACUGUGCUGCUGGUUACAGGCCACGAGGCAGGAGCGAAAUCUCAGAGGCUUGUCGACAGACCUUCGCUGCCGCCUGUCACAUGCUCCUGGAGUGUACCACCUUCCCCGUUUACCUAAGUGAAGAGGAAGCCUUGACUCUCCACACAGACAUGUUUGGCCAAGCAGGAGAUAACUGGGAGAGCUUGCCCGUGUGGCUGCAGUCUUUGAUGACAUUGUGCUGCAUGUCAAGGGACUACAAAAUCCAACAUACAGCUGUGGCCUCUCUGCUGGAGCUCAUCAACCACUCCCAGUCCUUGGCGCUGGUCAUCCAGGACAAGAAGCGGCGCUACCAGACGUCCGACUCCAACCCUCUGAGCGGGCAGCUGCAAAUGAUCACCGUGCCCCCCAUUUAUCCCACUUUGCUUUCCACCAUAGAAGAGGGCACUGACCUUUACCAGAGGGUUGCCCUGGUGCUUUGGAACCAGUUGGACACAGAGCGUCGAGAGCAUCACACGGCCUGCGUGGAGCUCUUUUACCGCCUUCACUGUUUGGCGCCAUCAGCAACCAUCUGCGAGGACAUAAUCUGUCAGGCGCUGUCCCACAAGGAGAAGGCUGUUCGACUUGAAGCCCUGCACCGCUUCUCGAUCCUCUGGCACCUGACCCGUGAGAUCCAGUCGAACAGGAACUCCCGCUCCUUUGACAGGUCACUUUGUGUCGUGGUGGAGAGCCUGAGCUGCGCAGACGGCUCAAUAAGUGCAGCAGCACAGUGCUGGCUGGUGCGAUCCUUGUCCCUCAAUGACGUGGUCCGGAUCCUGGAGCCCAUCCUGCUCUUGCUGCUUCACCCGUCCACGCAGUGUUGCUCCAUUCAAGCCAUCAAACAAAAUGUCACUGCUGGCAACCUCAAGGUUCUCAACAACAGAAGCCGGUGGCCUACAAAAGCAAUGGAUGCCAUGGCUACUGAGACCAGCACCUUAAAUCUCCAGAACGUCAUAGACCGAGAAUCCCUGUGGCUACAAUUAGAUAACGGUCCCGAGUUGUCCUUGGUGGCAUCCAGGAGCGAGAGCGAGGAGACUGUGGAGGAGGACGGAGAGGAGGAUGAAAAGGAGGCUGUCAAAAGCGACAACACGGAAUCGGCAGAUACCAGCGGUGCCCAAGUGUCCACUGAGAAUUCGGGCUCCGGCACCGAUGAGGGAGGAAUGGUCAACGGCCUGCGGAGGGCGGAGUCCGAGCGCACGCAGGCGUCCGACUCGCUGUCAAGCGAGGAUGACGAGGAUCUGGAGUUGGAGGCCAUGGCCAGAUCGCGUUUGUUAAAACAGGAACGUGAGAAAAAAGAGGCCAUCGGUUCAUUGUUUCAUCACGUGCUCCUCUAUCACGUGGCAGGCGGUUGGCGCCAUCUGCUCCAAGGCUUGGCGCUGCUCGACAGCCUGCUGAGGAGCAGUGCUGAGUGCCCUCUAGUGGAGGCAUUCUCAUCCACUUCCCUGGACACCAGCUCUGCCGCACACCUGAACCUCGUCUCCAACCUUUUGCAGCGCCACCAGCAAGCUCAGGAUGGCAUGAGCUUCUACGGCGCUUUGCUUUCCCCUUCGUCGUUCCCCUCCGUGCCCCCUUCUCUCCUCAUCGAGCUGCUAAUGAACCUGUGCCUGCGAUUUCUCUGCUCUCACUACUCGUCCUGGCAGAGCCUCGGGCCGCUCGACUUGCAGGGCAACAGAGAUGUGCAGGUGAAGAGCGUGGAAGUGCUAACGCGUAUGGUGAAUCAGCUCACUUCCAUGUCGCAAAGACAUGACGGAACCCCUGAGCACAUUUACAAACUCCUCGCUGGGUGUAAAGUGCAGCAGUAUGCUUUACUUACACUUUCCGCUUCUAUGUAUAUAAGCCAAAGGGUUACGGACAAGCGAACAUCCAAGGGUCUUGAGCUGCUGGAUGAAGAUGGUGGACUAUCAGAAGAGAAUCUUGUGAAUGUCGGGAAGGGAGAAGGGCUGGAGCAAUAUCCCUUACAGAUGGAAUUGCUCAAACUCCUCCAGGCCCUCAUCGUCUUGGAGUACCACGUGCGGCCCAGCAGGACGGCGUCCGGGACUGCAGCCAGCGGGGCUUCCGGUCAACCGGCAGAAUCUCCGACUGGCAGUAACCCCCUCACGCGUGGGUGGCAAACAGCCGUUCUGUUUCAGCAGUCCAUCAAGGCGGCCCAGUACGUCCAGAGCCACCCCAUCACCGCCCAGGGCAUGUUCGUUUCUGCCGCCGCCAGCGCUCUGCAGCCCCAGUACGGCUACGCCAUGCACCCACACUGGGUGGCGCUGCUGUGCUCCUCUCUGCCGUACUUGGGCCGCUCUUUGGGCAUCAUUGUGGGUCCAGUCAUGAAUCAGAUUUGCAGGAACUUGGAUGAGCUGGUGAAGAUUUUUGAGCAUGAUGGAGGAAGGGCAAAUCAGAGGCGGGAGAAUAUUCCACCAGACUACCCUCUGACCCUUCUAGAAGGCCUAACCACAAUUACACACUACUGUCUGCUGGACAACAAGCGGACCUUGGUAGCCUGCGACUCUGUUGACAUCCGUAACGGACGCAGCGCUGUGCUGGAGGGGCUGCCGCACAUUCUCAGUAGCAUGGCAUUGCUUUGGGGUGUGGUUAGGAAGGAAGAGUUGCACAAGCGGGCACCUGACACGCCAACAAGCAGCAAGCCCAGUUCUUCUGUGUUCUUUAAAAGCACCAAGAUUCUACGUCAGCGGAUACUACAGUUCCUGCUUCCUCUGACUGCCCAAUAUGGAAUUGCAGUCAUGGCUUCGCUGGGAGCUGCGUGGCGCAGUAGGAAGAGUAAAAGGAGUCACACAAAUAAUAUUUUACCUGCGGUCAAUGAGUCUCAUCUAACCAUUGUAGAGUUGGUGAAAUCGUUGCACACCUUGCACAUUGACACCAUCCUACACUUGGUCAAGGAAGUGGUGAAAAAGCCACACCAGCUCAAGGGAGAUACGAAGUCAACCCUGGUGGACAUCCCCAUGUUGCAAUUCACUUAUGCUUAUAUGAAAAGCGUUACAGCACAAGCCCUGCAAGAGAACGUCGCCCCUCUCAUCAGUCUGCUCCGAGAGUCUGUCCAGCUGAACCUGGCUCCCCCUGGUCACUUCUUAUUGCUGGGCAUUCUCAAUGAAGUUGUCAAUAGACUCCCCAAUAUGGACAAUAAGAAGGAUACUCGAGAUCUGCAGGAGGUAACUCAGCGCAUUCUGGAGGCCGUUGGCGGAAUCGCGGGCUCGUCUCUCGAGCAAACCAGCUGGUUGAGCCGCAGCCUUGAGGUCAAAGUUCAGCCGCAGGUGUGCAGCGAAAUGGACGAGCCUGACGACGCCGAUAUGGAUGGCGAUCACUGUGUAGAGACGAUGGCUCAAGCCAGCGCCAUGGUUUCAUCCUCUGCUCCCUCAGUUUACAGCGUGCAGGCUCUCGUCCUCCUAGCUGAGAUCUUGGCACCACUUCUUGACAUGGUGUACCGCAGUGACGAGAAGGAGAAAGCAGUGCCUCUCAUUUCUCGUCUCAUGUACUACGUUUUCCCCUACUUGAAGAAUCACAGUGCCUACAACAUGCCCAGCUUUGAGGCAGGAGCCCAGCUCUUGAGCAGCCUGAGUGGUUACGCUUACACCAAGAGAGCCUGGAGGAAAGAAGUCUUUGAGCUCUUCAUGGAUCCCCUUUUCUUCACAAUGGAUGCCUCCUGUGCACCCAGUUGGAAAGCCAUAAUUGACCACUUGCUGACUCAUGAGAAGACGAUGUUUAAAGACCUCAUGAGUAUGCAGAGUGGCUCCCUGAAGCUGUUUGCCAACGUCGACCAGAAACCCAUGCUUUUGAAGCGCCAGGCGUUUGCAAUGUUCAGUGGAGAACUCGAUCAGUACCAUCUCUAUCUACCCCUCAUUCAAGAGCGUCUCACGGAGGCUUUACGAAUGAAUCCCAGCCCCGCAGUUUCCGCUCAGAUAUUCCUGAUGUUCCGUGUUCUCCUGCUGCGGAUUUCGUCCCAGCACCUGACAUCUCUUUGGCCGAUCAUGGUCACAGAGCUGAUUCGCACAUUUGCACGUCUUGAGAAAGCUCUCCUGGUAGAUAAAGAUGUCUCAAAGCUAGCCAAAGUCGUACGCGGCGCUUUCGACAGAAACGCGACCGUGAAUUUCUCCCAGGCGGAGUUGAACAUGUACCUGUCAGCUUGUAAGUUUCUGGACACAUCCUUGGCCUUCCCCCCGGAGAGGAUCCCACUCUUUCAGAUGUAUCGCUGGGCAUUUGUUCCAGAAGUAGACAUGAACCACUACAGCGGUCCGGAGAGUGCACUGAUUGAGGGCGAACAGGAGUGUAAGCCCCACGUCGUCCGAAUUCUGGAGGGAAUACAGCAACGUUACGGGGCCGCCAACGGGCUGAAUGAGGAAUCUUCCACGGAGCAACCGAAAUUCCCCCUCCUCACCCAGUGCUCCUUGUCCUCCAUUACCCACUUGCUGCCUUUCCUUUCCACCCUGUGCUGCUCCUUCCACGGGCCGCCCACUCAGAGUCACCCCCCGGUUCAGGUAGAUUACCCCGCGGGCAACACAGACGUCGUGUUGGACCGGCUCGAACGCAUCGUUGAGGAGGAAUUUUUGGACGACAUGGAUAAUUGAAUGGAAGCGAACUCUGAAAAUGGACCCAGCAUGUUUUUGUUAACUGUGACAAUUUAUUUUAAAUGUUUUAACAUAUCUGUGUAUAAAUUCACUCUAAUACAAUUAAUCUGUAUUUAAAAAGCAGAGGGGGCUGUACGGUGAAUUGUUUGCACGGUGCCGUUUUGGAAUUGUAUAUUCAUCGGGUUCGUCACAAAUGGCCGUCUGUGGAAUGUUGUCCCCGCCAAUUUAAAGAAAAGGACCCCCCCACUAUUUCAGAGGUGUUUUGGACACCCACACCUAAAAUUGUGGUGUUUGGAAUGCAUCAAUCUUAAAAAUAUUCCAUUUCUUUCUUCCUGAAUGCAAGAAGCGGGAUCCACCGAUUUUGACUAAACAUUUGUGUUCUGAUGUCUGACCGCGAGAAUGUUCUGUUUUGUCUUGAGGAAAUCUAUUCUUAUUGAACAUCGCACCUCCCUAGUUUUUAAUGUUGUUUACAUAUCAUUUUGGGGUAUUAAGGGAAAAGUAAUUUAAGUGUUCCAAGGUAGCUUUUUACAAAUUUCUGCUAUCUUUUACAUCUAUGUUCAAAUGUUUAUGUAAAUUAUUUCAGUGUCGAAAGGACCAUGUUCAAGUUGAAAUAAAGGGUUAAAUUUUUUUUACCCC